UGUCUCCAGACGUCACGAUCACAUGCACGCUGAAGUAUUGCAACUUUGGCUGGUCAUUAUCUACUGGAGACUUCAACUAUGAUGGUCAUCCUGACCUCUUGAUAGGGUCACCAUACGCUCCAGCCAGUGGUCUUCCUCAAGCCGGUAUGGUGUCUAUCCUCUAUGCAGGGCUAAACCACCAAAAUUAUGUCGGUGUACACCUCACUGAGAAGGAUAUGAAUUACACAUACAAAGGAGAUCAGGAAUAUGGAUGGUUUGGCCAUAAAAUGUUGAUGCACAUAACACCACGUCAUAAGCCCUUAUUUCUUGUUUCCCAGCCAACAUAUCGCCUAUGCGUCAAUCCGAACUGCUCUUACACGGUCCAUGACAUUCAGAGUGUUGGCGCCCUCUCCAUCUUCUCUGCCGGGCCCUCCCCCGUUCUCCUGGCUGUGCUGAAGGGGCAAGAUACCUUCCAGAAGCUGGGAGCAGGAUUCGCUGUCGGGGACCCCUUUGGGAACGGCAGUCUAGUCCUGGCCGUUGGAUCAAACACAAAAGAUGUUGAUGGGGAGAUUCUCGAUGUGCCAGUCAAGCUGACCGAUGCUGGACGGGUCACUUUAUACAACUUGGACAUCAGCUCUCCCUCCACCCUUCUGCAUCCAUCCGGUUCCAGUACUGCUAGCAGACUGAUAAGGCUUCAUCUUGAUCAUCGUGAGGAUGUUUCCCUGGGUCCUAUAGCAAUGUAUGAGGGCGACAGACAGUAUGGGAGAUACGGAGGAGAGCUCAUGUUCCAGGAUGUGACAGGAGAUGGAAUAGAUGAUUUGGUUGUCAGUGCUCCAUUUCGAACUGAAGACAUCAGUGAAGAACUAUUCAAAGUUGAAGAGGGAAGCAUCUUUGUCUAUCAGGGUGGUCCAUCAUUUGGAACAGGCAAUGUGACCCGGUCAUGUGACUUCCUCUCACUCGUCAAACCGUGCCCUACAGAAAAGGCAUACAGCGUAUUAUCAAGCAAUGAAGGUGGAUCACGAUUCGGUUCCAAAUUGACAACAUGGAGAUUUAGUGAGAAACCUCAUCUGGUCGUCAGUGCACCUCGAAGUAACGGCGCAGAGAGGCUUGCAGGGGAAGUCUACGUUUACACUCUCUAGGUGAAACGUUCAGCUCAGCAGGGCAGUGGUUGGGUCUGGAGCGCUUCAAGUUGGGUUGUUUGAACAGUGGCAAUAUCUGAUUGAAUGAAAAGAUUGAGCAAUGGAUGCUAGAGUGAUUGAUUGCUGAAUGGGUGAAUGAAUACUGUAAACGCUGUUAUUUUUGCAUGAUUAAUUUUUCGUGCUGAGCGACCUCGAAACAUAUUCGCAGGUUCUUAAAUGUGUGUUGCACUCAAUUCAGCCUGUUCAGAACAUGCAUAAAAAGUCAUGCUUAUAUUUUCAUGAGUUCUAAACUUUGCGUUUGCCGAUAUUAGUGCAAAAUCUGCGAAAAUGAAUGUACCGCAAGUAUUUCUACUUUUACAGUAGAUGGAUGAAUGAAUGAGUGAGUGAGUGAGUGAGUGAAUAAUGAAUGGUGGAUUGCAAUAUAAUAUAAUAAUCAUGUCAAUUUAUUUUAUUCAAUGUAAAGCACUAUAGAAACUCUUUUAACAUACUAUGCAAGAACAUAUAUUUAUUCUAAGCAACUCAAGAUUAAAACAUAAGGAUUACACAAUGGAUGGAUGAAGGAAUUAAUGAACUUUGAAUGGGAGAUGGAUGGUUUUACAAUGCAAUAAUCAUGUGCCUUUAUUUUAUGUCAUGGAAUACCGCUUCAAAAACUUUUGUUAACGCACUAUGCAGAUCAAAAUCUUGUUAUAGAUCUACUUUGCAGUGACAUGUGUGGUUUUAUCAUGUUAAUUCUUACAAAUUAAACAUUACUCAGAUCACAACUUAUAGUACUAGUGUAAUAACCACACCCUUUAGUUGCAGUUGAUUUUAAUACAUUAAUGUAUAAAUUAAAAAAGAGAUGAAUAAUUCAGAUACAACAAUAUUAAAAAAAUCACUUUAGUAAUAAUAAGUCAUGAGAUUCAUUGGUAUAUUUUUACAAGUCCUCGGUAUCUCAAAAUAGGCAUCAAAUGGCACAUAUCAGAUAGGAAGGGUUUUUAGACACUACCCUAUUAAUUUAUGAAAAGAAGGUCAAACAUGCUGAAUGUACUUUACAUAAUUUCAUAAUUU